AAAAAUUGAUAACUCAACAAAAUUUCCCAUGCCUGUUAAUAAUUCUUCUAUAAAAGCUGCACAUUUUGCCCUGUGUCAUUCAGUCACUUUAAGCAUGAAGGGACUCAUCCUGGCCCUGGUGCUCGCCCUUGUGGGGGCUCAGAAGCAUGACCUCGAGCCCGUUUUUCAUACCGGCAAGACCUACCUGUAUGGCUAUGAGGGACUCAUCCUGCAUGGGCUGCAGGGCAGGGGGCUGGUGAUAGCAGGGGUGAAGCUGACCUGCAAGCUGCAGAUCAGCCGCGUGUCCCGCAGUGACCACCUUCUCCAGGUUCAAUCGCCAAAGCUGGAGGAAUACCAUGGCUUAUGGCCCCUUGACUCCUUCACUCCAUCUUCAAAGCUCACAGAGACCAUUGCUGCAUGUUUCAGCCAAGCCUUUAAGUUCGAGUACAAUGAGGGCAGGGUGGGAAGUAUUUAUGCCCCUGAAGACUGCCCCAUCCUGUGCACGAACAUAGUGAGAGGGAUUCUGAACAUGAUGCAGAUAACGAUCAAAAAGUCACAAAAUGUGUAUGAACUACAAGAGGCUGGGAUUGAAGGCAUCUGCCAAACCAGAUACGUUAUCCAGGACGACAGCAAGAAUAACCGUGCCACCAUUUCCAAAAGCAAGGACCUGACUGACUGCCAGGACAGAGCAGUGAAGAACACGGGCAUGGCUUACAUCCGCCCCUGCCCCACCUGCCCCCUGAAAGUCAGAAAUGUGAAGGGCACGGUGAUGUCCACUUACAAGAUGAAGUAUGAUGACAGCGGGGUUUUGAUAACAUUUGCUACGUCGGAGCAAGUGUACCAGGUCUCUCCGUUCAAUGAGCCUGAUGGCACAGCAGGCAUGGAGGCAAGACAAGCACUGGUUUUGGUCGACAUCAAAAACACUCCCGUAAAUGUACCAGAAGCUCAACUGCAAAACCAGGGAAGUCUCCGUUAUCAUUUCUCAGAAGAGCUGUUCCAGAUGCCAAUUCCUCUCAUAAGGAUAAAAAAUGCAGAUGGGCAGUUAACAGAAACUCUGCAACAAUUAGUUAAGAAUAAUGAGGAAGGAGACACUAAAGAAUCUUCAGCCAAGUUCUUACAAAUGGUUCAGCUGUUCCGUCUAGUGACCCUUGAUCAAAUCAACUCUUUGUGGGAGCAGUUUGCCAGUGAACCUCCAUACAGGCAUUGGUUCCUGAGUGCUGUCUGUGCUGCUGGAGCUACUGACACGUUCCAGUUCCUUAAACAAAAAAUCCAUGAUAAGAAGCUGAACAUCUGGGAAGCAGCUGUUGUUCUCCCUCUUGCCUUCCAUUUCGUUAUGCCCAAUAAGCAAACCCUAGAAGUUGCCUCAUCUUUUCUGACCUGUCCCCAAAUUCAGAAAGCACCAAUGCUUCGAAUACUUGUUUACCUGGGGUAUGGUAGCAUGGUAAAUAAAUACUGUGCUCAGCCUUCAUUUUGUCCUAAUGAACUUCUUCAGCCACUCCAUGACCUUGCUGCUGAAGCUGCCAGCAGAAGCCAUGCUGAAGACAUGGCCUUGGCCCUGAAAGCUAUAGGCAAUGCAGGAGAGCCGGCCAGUAUCAAACGCAUCCUGAAGUUUUUGCCAACAUUUUCACCUGCUGCUACUUCAUUACCAAGCAGAAUUCAUGCUGAUGCCGUACUGGCCUUGAGGAAAAUUGCCAGAAAAGACCCUGCAAAAGUAAGGGAGAUCUCUCUCCAGAUCUUUAUGGACAAUACACUUGCUCCUAAUGUCCGCAUGAUGGCUUGUGUUGUCCUCUUUGAAACAAAGCCUGCUCUUCCAAUUGUAGCAGCUAUGGCCACCUCGCUGCUGUCAGAGACCAGCCUACAAGUAGCCAGCUUCACGUACUCACACAUGAAGGCUUUGGCAGUAGGCAGGAUCCCACAGCUCUACAAUCUAUCUGCUGCUUGCAACAUUGCCAUUAAACUACUGAGCCCCAGACUUGACAGGCUGAGCUAUCGUUACAGCAAGGUCAUUCAUGCUGGUGGUUAUUCCCAUGUGUAUAAGGCUGGUGCAAUUUGGAGGGUCUAUCUAAUGAACAGUCCCAACACUAUGUUUCCAUCUGAUAUAAUCACAAAAGUAAGAGGAUAUUAUGCAAAUACUGCAACAGACAUUAUAGAGGUGGCUCUACGAUCACAAAGCCUAAUCAAUAUUAUCAGGCAGCAGAAUAUUCCCUUUGCUGAAUAUGACACAUACAAGACACUGAAGGAACUCGGUAAAACGUUUCUGGGCUGGAAAGAAUUGCCUCCAGAAGACCCUCUGGUGUCCACUUACAUCAAAAUAUUGGGACAGGAGAUUGCCUUUGUUGACAUUGAUAACAAAGUCAUUCAGCAGACCAUAAUGAGUCUGACUGGAUCAUCAAACUGGCAGCCAGUGGUGAAAAAAGCAGUGGAAGAGGUCCAGCGAGGCAUUUCAGGCCAAUGGACCCUGCCGGCAAUGGUGGCUGAGCUGCGGCACGUUGUCCCCACAGUGGUUGGCAUGCCACUGGAGCUCAGCCUGAGCGGCGCUGUGCUGGCCCAGGCUGCGGCCUAUGUUGAUAUUCAGCUGUCACCACCAUUAUCUGACAAUUUUAGACCAUCACAGUUGUUGGAAACCAACACAGAUAUUCAUGCCGAUAUCCAACCAAAAGUAUAUUUCCAUAUGAUUGCAACAAUGGGGAUUAAUAUGCAAUACUUUCAGAGUGGUCUUGAAUUUCAUGCAGAGUUCAGUGCCAACACUACAAUGAAAUUUGAUGCCACGGUUAAUAUGAAAGAGAAAAAUUUGAAGAUUGAAACCCUUCCUUGCCACCAGGAGGUUGAGCUUGCAGCUGUAAGGAGUGAAGCUUAUGCUAUUUCAAGAAACAUGGAAGAAGCAGAUUCCGAAAAGAAGACCCAUAUUCUCCCCGAAGGAGAAAUAACAAGUAUCUUCAAUCAGAAGUUUCAGUCAUCGGAAAUAUCUUCAAGAGCUGAGAGCUGGAAGCAAAGAAACAUCCCUAGUGUGAUAUUCAAGGGAUACCAGCAAGCCUCAGAAGAGGAACAUCGCCACAGUGUAGGACAAAGAUCUUAUGAACGUGUUUUCUGUAGAGAAUUAUCCAGUUUGGGAUGUUCUGCUUGUCUCAGCCUAAAGUCCCGAAAUUCUGCUUUCUUAAGAAAUACUUAUCUGCACAAAUUAGUUGGAGAACUUGAAGCCAAGAUAGUUUUGAAGCCAGUUCAUACAGAUGCUGAUAUUGAAAAAAUACAGCUGGAGAUUCAGGUUGGGCCCAAAGCUGCUUCCAAAAUAAUCAAUGUAGCAAGUUCAGGGUCUAAAGAAGAGGAGGAGACAUCUCUGUAUGAGAACAUUAAAGCUAAACUGAAGAAGAUCCUAGGCAUUGAAAAUGUGUUCAAGGUUGCAAAUAAGACACGGCACCAUAAGAAACGGAUUCACAGCAAAGUAAAGAUUGCUGUUACAGACCUCUGGGUAGAGCCCAGUGCAAACCCCCUCUCCAGUUCAUCUUCUUCUUCCACUGCUUCCUCUGCUGAUGGUAACGAGCCUGAAGAUAAACAUGAGAAUGAAGAAAUAAGACAAUUUGGGAAGAAGCAUGGCGGCAGCAGCAGGAGCAGCAAGGGCAGUAGCAGCAGCAGCAGUGCAGGCUCUGACAGCAGUACGAUCUGCAGCAGCAGCAGGGAGAACAGCUCUGGAGACAAGCACUGUACUGGGGACAGUGAAUAUCCCAACCAACAGGCAUAUCUACCCAUUUACCGGUUUUGGUUCAAGCCCGCAGAUGAACAGGACUCACAAAGGGAAGUUCUGAAUAGCAGCAGCAGCAGCAGCAGCUCCUCAUCUUCUUCAGUUAGUGAUGAAGGCAUCUCUACAGCUAUGUCUCAGCCUAAAUUCUUGGGAGACAGCAAGCCACCAAUACUGGCUGCAAUUCUUCGUGCCAUCAGAAGAAAUGAGCAGCCGACAGGAUUCCAGCUUGUACUGUACGCUGACAGACAGCCUGUCAGAUUCAGGAUACAGAUUUUUGUUUCAAGCAUCACAGAAUCCAAUAGAUGGAAACUCUGUGCUGAUGCUUCAGUAAUAAAUUCCCAUAAAGCUUCGGGUUCCCUUAAAUGGGGUACAGAUUGCCAGGACUACCACAUUGCUACUCAGAUUGCAACAGGGAAGUUUGCUUCUCAUCCAGCUAUGCAGAUGAAGCUGGUGUGGCCAAAAGUACCUUCAAGUGUCCGAAGAACUGCAAGAUGGUUCUACAGAUAUCUUCCAGGGGCUGCAUAUAUGCUUGGGUACUCCCAAAGGCAACAGCGUGGUCCUUCUCGCCAGACAACCAUGGUUAUGGCUCUGACAUCUCCAAGAACCUGCGAUGUGGUCCUCAGGCUACCUGAGCUCACAAUUUACAAUAGAGCCAUCAGGCUUCCCCUGCCAUUCCCUUCAAGUCCAGGUACUCUGACUUCAAUGCUACCAUCUCCUGACUGGGACAUCUUUUCUCAAACAACCUUUUCAAUCAUCGAAAACCUUAAAGCUCAUUGUUCAGUCUCCCAAAAUGUGAUCACAACCUUCAAUGGAGUUGAGUUUAACUAUUCAAUGCCUGUGAAUUGCUUCCACGUCUUGGCACAGGAUUGUAGUCCAGAACUCAAAUUCCUGGUUAUGAUGAAAAGACUUGAAGAAGCUGCUGACCUUAUGGCAAUAAAUGUCAGACUCGCCAGUCAUAAGGUUGACAUGUAUGUUUCCAAUGGACGCAUCCAGUUGAAGAUUAAUGGUGUUCAAACCCCAACAGAUGUUCCGUACACACCCAGUUCUGAUGCAAGCAUGCGGAUCAGCAGUGAAAAGGAAGGCUUGUCACUAAAAGCCCCUGAAUAUGGUAUAGAUAAACUGUAUUACGAUGGACAUAGGUUUGAGAUUCGAGUUGCUUUCUGGAUGGCUGGGAAAACAUGUGGUAUUUGUGGAAGAUACGAUGCUGAGAAGGAAAGGGAAUAUCAAAUGCCCAGCGGAUACUUAGCCAAAGAUGCAGUGAGUUUUGCUCAGUCUUGGAUCGUCUCAGAAGAUGCCUGUGCUGGAGCUUGCAAGCUGCAGCGUAGAUUUGUCAAAGUUGAGAAGCCAGUUGCAUUUGACAAAAAGGUCUCAAAAUGCUUUUCCAUGGAGCCAGUUUUACACUGUGCAGAAGGCUGCUCAGCAACCAGAACUGUUCCCAUCUCUGUGGGUUUCCACUGCGUGCCAGCUGACUCCACUCUCAACCCAGAGGAGGAACAGAUGAGGUUAGACCAGAAGUCUGAGGAUGUAGUGAGCACGGUGGAUGCUCACACGGCCUGUUCCUGUGAACAGCAGUCGUGCUCAGCAUGACGCUCCACUUCACAGCACUCACGCCUCUCUGCACUUCAGCAUUAGUGCUGACAGGCUGUGCAACUGGGGACACGGUUGUGCAGCCCAGCGAGGCCAAGGCCGUGCCUGCUUCACAGAAUUAUUUUCCCCACAGUUAUUUUGAGAUCUCUGAAGUAAUUCUGGGUUCCCUUAAGCGGGUUGGCUCUCUCAAUAAACCAUUUCUCUCUAAAA